AUGUCACUGACAGAUAGAAAUGAAAGUACGGCUACAUUUACACUCUUGGGAUUCUCAGAUUACCCGAAACUGCAAAUUCCACUCUUCUUGAUGUUUCUUGCCAUCUACAGUGUCACUGUGGUAGGAAAUCUUGGGAUGAUUGUGAUCAUCAAAAUUAACCCCAAACUGCACACCCCCAUGUACUUUUUCCUCAGCCACCUCUCCUUUGUGGAUUUCUGCUAUUCCUCCAUCAUUGCUCCCAAAACCCUGGUGAACCUAAUUGUAGAAGACAGAACUAUUACUUUUUUAGGAUGUAUAGUUCAAUUUUUUUUCUUUUGUACCUUUGUGGUAACUGAAACCUUUUUACUAGCUGUGAUGGCCUAUGAUCGCUUUGUGGCCAUUUGCAAUCCUCUGCUCUACACGGUGGCCAUGUCCCAGAAACUCUGUGCCUUGCUGGUGCUUGGUACAUACACAUGGGGAGUAGUGUGUUCCUUGAUGCACACAUGCUCUACUUUAACAUUAUCUUUUCGAGGUUUCAAUAUAAUCAAUCACUUCUUCUGUGAGUUAUCCUCUCUGAUUUCCCUCUCUCAUUCUGGUUCUUAUCUCACUCAGUUGCUUCUUUUGAUUUUUGCCACUUUUAAUGUAGUCAGCACAUUGCUCAUCAUUCUCAUGUCAUAUGUGUUCAUCGGUGUCACCAUCCUCAAGAUGAGUUCAGCCAGUGGGCGCCGUAAAGCGUUCUCCACCUGUGCCUCCCACCUGACCGCCAUCACCAUCUUCCACGGCACCCUUCUCUUCCUCUAUAGCAUGCCAAACUCCAAAAACUCCAUGCACACUGUCAAAGUGGCCUCCGUGUUUUACACAGUGGUGAUUCCCAUGUUGAACCCUCUGAUCUACAGUUUGAGAAAUAAAGAUGUCAAGGAUACAAUUAGCAAGAUAAUGGAUACAAAAAUCUUUUCUUAA